CCGGUGUUGCCAGGUUUUGUUUCAGUAAAGCCUCACUACUGUUCAGUUUCUCGGAAGCACGAAGAGGACAAUAAUAGGGCUAGUCAUUGAAUACCAGAGUAUGUUAAAGACUAAAAGACUGAAUGUACGAAUGUGAUGAUAAAACUGCUGUAAGCGAAAGUCGGGAACCUUUUGAAACGUUUAGUGGUUACAUGUCCUGAAAGUGUCAAACAUGGCAACCUAGACUUUCUUCACCAUUGUAUUUGAAGCGGGAACGGGAGGUCCUACGAAAUACCGAAGUUAAAAGUUUAUUACAUCGGACUAAACUGUUGUAAAAGCCGCUUACCAGCUGGCAGCCAGUUAACAAACAUGCGAAUAUAGUUGUGGAGCCAUCUAAGUUAAAUACAAAGGAACAAAACUUUAGCAAAGCAGCUAAGUUAACCGACAAAGCUCUAACGUCCGCUAAGGAAAUGAGACUGAACGCGGACAGACAUGGACUGACUGGGGUAUGUUGACUCAAGACAAGAAGGCAAGAAAAAACUAUUUUCUCAAUGAAAGAGAAUAAAAUGAAGCCAAAACGCAUCCAGAGGCAUACCGGACCCAGCUGGCAAGGAAAAGGUGGCACUAGUGGCGACAAGACAACACUGACCCAGGCGACGGCAGCAGUGCGUGUCCACCAUCAGUCCCAAGUCAAACCUUUUGCUGGGAAAGUAUUUUACCUUGACCUGCCAUCAAACAGGAUAGUAGAGAAACUGGAGAGCGACAUCAAAGAGCUCGGAGGGACUGUUGAGAAGUUCUUCAGCAAGGAAAUAAAGUAUCUGGUAUCCAACAAGAGGGAAGCUAGAUAUGUGCAGUGCCUCAGGCAGGACUCGCCGGUCCCCAGUCCGGAAUCCGGACAGAGUUCACCUCACCCUCGCUCAAACCCUCACCGGCCUGGGAGCCAUGGGGACAACAUCAAAAGCCGGUCUCAGGGCCAGACAGACACAUUUGUCACAAGCCGGGGGAAGUCUUUGGUGGAGAGAGUGGUGAAAGAGCAGGAGAGGGUACAAAUGAACAAGAUCCUGUCAAAUGCUUUGGAGUGGGGUGUGAAAAUUCUCUACAUAGAUGAUGUCAUGGCAUAUGUUCAGAAGAAAAAAAAGACCAUUAGCGGCGAGUGUCCUGUCACCACUGCUGUCAAAUCAAAUGUCAAAACUGAGCCAGCAACAAAGCAAAGCUUUCAGAAAUGCAAAGGAGGCCGCAUCAGUAAACCAUUUGUCAAGGUUGAAGAUUCAAGCAGACACUACCGUCCAAUCUACCUCAACAUGUCAAACAUGCCUGAGUUAAACCUGAAGACGGUUCCUCCUUGCAGUCCCUUCUGUUUUGAGGAUAAAGAUCAUCCAGGGAACAGACAGCGGGGAUACAGAGGCGCGAAAGCCUCAGCCAGUGAAGAGAGAGCACACGGCCGAAAGAAGAACAAAGACAAGAAACGAGGCGGCUACUGCGAGUGCUGCAUGAUCAAAUAUGAAAACCUGACAACACAUCUAAAGAGUGAUCGUCACAAGGCGUUCUCCAAGAGUAAGGAGUACUUUGUGGUGGACAGACUGGUUUCAACCAUGCACUGCAACUUCAUCCACAUCAAAAGUAAAGAUAAAAGACCAAAGUGCAGUGUUUCCUCUGUUCUGAUUGCUCCUGGACCAUGUGGGAAAACUGAGCUAAGGCACAGGGGAGAUCUCGAUACCACAGAGACUAUUAAAGAGGAGCAACACCAAACUGUCGACGGACGACAUGGGGAAUCUUAUUCAGGACACGCUUUAAAAAUCAGUUCACUUCCUGGUUCUGCUCCUCUGAUUCAGAGAGAGAACGACAGGAGCAACGUUUUCACUUCGCCAGACAGAUCCAAGCACAAAUCUCUUGCACGUAAACAACUGAGCAGACAGAAUUCUUUGACUUCUUGCACUCAAAAAGCUGAGCAGUCUGACAUUCCUCAGGAAAAGAUGGAAACGGCUCCCUCUAGAGGUGAAUGUUUUGCCUCUUUUCCCUCCAGAGUCACUCAGAUUGACCCAGAGAGCCAAAUAUCUCAAACAGACAUGAACAGCCCAACCUCACACGCUCAUAAUAUUAACGGACAGAACGAAUUACCCUUAGGAUGCCUUAAUGAUACGACAAAUCAACAAGAACAGUCUGAUAAGAACAAGGAUUCUUUACUGUUUGAGGCUUUCCAGAAGGGAAACAUAUUCUCUGAGAAAAUGACCGGAAACAACCUCUCAGAGAGCGAAGGAAGAAGCCUUCCCACGCAAAGCUGCUCUCCAGUCCGGAAAAUACAGAGGAGGGUGAGAGUCUAUAAACGCAAAAGACGGAAAUUGGACACACAUGUUAUGUGUCAAGAUAGUGAAAAACCAAAUGACAUUCGUGAUGACUCCAUGCUGAAGCUUUGGGAGCUUUUCCAGUCAAGUGAUGACAUGGACAUGGAGUUUCUGGGGUUUGAGGACUAGGAAGGAACUGAAGGGAUAAACUGGAUCAUUAUUGUCUUUCCAACACUUUAACCAAGCGGAGACAGAAUGAACCACAUUGGCUUAUUUGAGAUGUAAGGCAGCUGUUCUGUUUAUGUGCUGUAGCUUUUUGUUUAUAACAGAACAAGAUGUAAAACUUGAAAGGGAUAAAAUAUAUGUCAACAUUAUAAUUAUCAUUACAGUGGCUAUAAAAUGUACACUUUAUGACAUUUUGCACUUUUUCCACGUUGUAAAAUUUAGUAGAAAAUUUAACAAUUUUAUUUGGCCUUUUUAAGUAUGAACUCAACACAAAGAACCAUCAAAAUGGAGUGAAAAUUUAUUCAAAACUAUAAUAUCAAUGAUACUGUAAAAUUAAUGUACAAAAUUUGGAGUCUUGUACAAUCUCGGCUGUCUCGAAGCUUUAAAAUCCCUCUUUAACUCAUCCUCUCUUUACCUAUUUUCUUUGUGAUAACAUUUGUUUCCAUAACAUGUACAUUCAGUUUAAAUAGAAAUGUCCACUAUUUACUUACUUUAGAUUGUCUCAAGGCUGAAAUCAACAUAGAAUUUAUUCUGACGUGUUAGACAGAAGAAAUUGUGAACACUUUUUUGUCUUAACUGAUGUAAUUUACAGCAGAAAUUAAUGUAAAAAUGCACAGUAAGUUCAGCCUUUAAAAUUUGAACAUGCAACAGUUAAUGCACAUUGGUUCAAGGGAAAACGUUCUUUGAGACUCUGUGAACUGGGAUAAAAUCCUGCCCAUAGAUGAUACUGCUGUAUUGAUCUAUUGGAUCUUCAAUCUGACAAUACCAACAAAAUAUAUUUUUAAACAAAUGAGUAAAAUGUCACAGGGUUGAACACAUUUUAUUGCCACUAAAACUGUUUUGUUUACAUUGUUGUUCACAGUCUCAGCACGCCGUCUUUUCACAAAACUGGACUUUUUUCAUUUAAAGCUGCAGCAGUGACAACAUACACGUUAAUCUAAGGAAGGUAGACUUGUAUCUUCCCAGACUUCGUAAACUGAUUGUAUUUGUACUAUAAAAUACAUCUUUAGGUCGCAGAUUUAUUUUCAUUUGACCUGCAGGUUGGAUGUGUGGUACUUGACAUUAUUUGUGACAUUUUAGGAUUCUUCCUAAGUGCUGCACUUUUCAGGACCUGCCCUCAUGUGCUUUUUCUGAUGCAUUAGUUCAGCCUCUCCCGUUUCCCUGCAUUUAGUGCAUUAGCAUAGUACCCUUGUUCUUCUGCACUGCUCGCAAAUGGAUGUACUGGGUCAAAUGGGAGGCUGUGCCACUGGCAUUAAGAAAAAGACACAAGCAACCAUGUGUUCAACGGUACAAGAACAGCAAUGCUGCAAAUAAAAAGGCUAAAACCAA